AUGGACGACUUCACCUUCAUCACUGCCGACGUGGUGGAGGGUUCACCAGGCGCCAUCGACAGCCUUUCAGACCAGUUUGUCGACGCCGACAAUGACACUAGGGUGGAAAACGCUUUGUCCCUUUUCACCGAGUUGGUGAUGGCGGUGGACACGACCCUGCUCAGCGUCGACAUCGCCAUUAACAUCAUCAACGCCGUUCUCCGCAGCGAUGCCAUGGCCGAGGUGCUUUGCCGGGUAAUUGACAUUUACCCUACAACCCCUGCAAUCAGCCAAUUGCUCACGGCGUGCUACAAUGGUGAUGUCAUCAAGACUGACAUCAUGGCCCAAUUUAUCAGCCCAGGCAAAUUCAAAGCCGUGCCCGACAUUAUCCCCGAGGCUACCGUUUCUCGAACAGUUAAUACCAAGAAACGGGAUCAGUGGUACACCCAAAAGAAAUAUAAUUUGUUCUUUGAGGAAAUCGAAGGGUGGUCAAAGUACAUCGUGCAAUUAUACCGAGUGUUUGAGCUUUACAGCAAGGAAAAUGUCGAUGUCGAUAGACAAACAGCAUUUGAGCAUCUUCGAAGUGCCACCCAAAAGCUUAUUGGUCACUACAGCCUCGACCCGAACCGAGCGUUAGAGUGUUUAUUGGAUGUGGGUGCGUCCUACGUUACCAAUGGUUGGCAAUUCUUUUUGGAUUACCUCAAAACCACUCGCUGGUGGCCAACAACUUUAGCUGACCCUACUAAACCAGGCACGGGUGGCAGUGACACCAUUGCUGACAUCAUCGGUUUAUGGCUACAAAAACGAUUUGCUGGAGUCAAAAUCGACACAUAUUACUCUGCAUUCAUUGCCCUCUUGGUUCGUGAGGGCGUGGUCGACUUUGGCAAGAUAUGGAACUAUAUUGACGACGCCGACGAAAUGAAUGAAAUCAAAAAGCUCUACGACCGUGACCUUUCCGAUCGUGCCUCCAAAGCUGGAGCCAAUGCGUUGGCGUUAGCAGCUCCUCUUUUGGAUGAUGAUGAUGAUGAGCCUUCAGCUGUUGCUGCCGCUAAACCUACGGAAGACUUUCCUACCAAACUUAAUCGGAACCAUACCAUCGAUCUAUUUCGAAGACUCACCGAAAUCGGUUGUUUCGAAAUCUCUCGGUUUAUGUUGACAACAUACCCUCAUCUUGGCCUUCUUGAACCUUGUUUUUCAAGCAUCAAUUGGAUGUUCCGGGCCCUCGCAGGGUUUACGAUCGAGACUGAUGAAAAUGCUCAGCGGACUCUCAACAUUGAUAAAAUAACGGCUGAGCUGUCGCUGUUUACCUAUGCCUACCCGGACUAUAUCAAGAACAUUCCUUCGUUGGGCCUACUUGAUGCUACUGGCAGCUAUUACCAAUACUCCAAAUGUUUAGCUUUAGCAAGUGAUGCUAAGUUGCUUUCAAGAGUGUGCCUUGAGGUUCAAACCGAGUUGAUGUCCAGUCAGAAUGAGACACUUUGGUUCAACUAUUUCAAAUUAUACAUUUUCCCAGCAAUGUGCCAAACUAAGGACGCCGAGGCGGUGUCUGCUGCAUAUGAAGUACUUAAAAACUUUCCUAUUUCCCUCCGCUACUCCUUAUAUGGUGACUACGUCAACAGGUUGCGUAAGUCAAAUGUCUACCUCAAGUUAUCGUACAACCAAGCCGAAAAGGAUGCCAAAUACUCGCUUAAGCGGUUGUCCAAAGAAAAUGCAGACGAGAUAAUGCAAUCUCUUGCUGACAUUUGCGCCACCAACCCACUUCCCGCGCUCUCUGUGAUCUGUACCCAAGUUGAAAGUUAUAGCAACUUGAUUUCGCUAUUGGUCAAUGCAGCUGCACAGUUCACCCCCUACGCGUGGGAUUGCUUGACUGCGGUUUUCCUCUCGCGGCUUACAGAGCCUCGUCCGGAGCUUCUGGAGAACGGGCUUCACGAAAGACAAUGGCUCACUCUGUUAGCCCAAUUUAUCGGCGAGAUCUGCGCCAGUUACCCCAAGAAUAUUGACCUUAUUACAAUUCUUCAAUUUGUCGUCAAGCUGUAUGCUGAAGGUUUGGUGUCAGGCCUCAUUGUCUUCGCUGAUAUGUUAACUCAAAUGGGUGGUAUCAAACUGAUUGCAAACUUGACUCUUACCCAAGUCAACUACAUUAAUCUGGGGAGAGCGCUCAGAGAGAUUGUUUAUGACACUAUUCACGAUACCCGUGCCAGAAGAACCCGUCUGGGUGAGGCUCUCGUGCAAGCUAUCGACGAUCAGAACAUGACCAAUGAAAUAUUGGUUAUGCUUCUGCAGGUGGAGAGGUCAACCAUGGCUGAAAACCUGUCAUUACCUUUGAAAAUCGUGGCGAAAAAGCUCGACCGCCUGGAAGAGUGGAUGGAGACUUACAGCACACUCAUCACCUACUUUUCACGCGACAAGGAACACCUCUCGCGUACAUUGCUUCCUGUGAAAGAACUUGUGGAAACUUACCAAGUACCGUUGGCUGUUGCUGUCGAGGUUUGGCGCCCGUUAGGCCUCGAAGACAUCACCGAUGUGGCCUCGGAGAAAGUAAAGCUGCUGAUUAGCCUGUUGUUUCUGACGUUCUGGUGUCUUUCCCUUUAUGACAUCAACUACAACCCCGAGUGGUAUGAUGUUGAACUUGAGCGCGCUGUUCUGUUACGUGAUCGGCUCAAGAAGGAGCGUGAACAGGAAAACCGUAAUGCCAUUACCCGCAUGAAAGAUCUCCGCCGAAGGGGUCGCGAGGUAGCCACCCCUGAUCCCGCCCCCGUGACAAAAGAAGAGUUGGUUGUUCUGGAAUUGAUCGAUCAAUUGCCCAGUGAUAAAAUGAGCCACCGAGAACAUGCCGAAGGCAUUGACGAACAACUCAGAAAGAAAGCUGAUGCAUGGAAAGACUGUCUGGACCACAUCACCGUGUUUAUCGAGUCUUGUCUUCUUCCUCGAGCUAUUCACUCCUCGUUUGAUGCUGUAUUUGCGGCGCGGUUCCUUCUCACCAUCAACAGAGUGCUUGAUCAGCCUCCGUUCCUGGCGCUUGACGUGUUAGAAGCGCUUGUGGCUAAUCAUGCCAUCAACGGGAUGAUGUUUGUGUUCACUCCGGUGGAGGCGGAAAACUUGGGGAUGUUUUUUGCCGAGUUGUUUUCGAAUUUACAUCGCUGGUGGGCUCUGGACAAGGAUUACGCCGAUGGCCACUGCAACGAAUCUGAGAUAUCCCACUCCCAAUUCAAGCAUCGACUCUUCAAUGUUCUGCAAGCGUUGGUUGAUGACUUGGUUACCUCCAUGACCCAGCUUGAAUACAUGGCUCGUCACAACUCCAUCUUGGUGAUCAAAAACGUUCUUCAUGGCAACUUCCCUAUGGUUAUUGAGCAAGCGCAUAUUUUGGAAAAGGCUUUGACUUAUGUUGGUAACAACGAAAAGCUUGAGGACGUCAAGUUAGCCGCUAAUGCUAUGGUGGGUCACUUCAGAGCCAAGGCUGGUGAUCGGGUUCCGGUCUGGGAAUUCUACGAAAUGAGUGAUGAAGAAAAGGCGGAAGCUCAACGUGUCCAAGAGGAGAGAAAGGCUCGCGCUCAACGUAAAGAGGAAAAGGCCCAAACUAAACGCCGCCUCGAGGAAGAAGCCGCACUGCAAAAGGAACGUCAAGCCCGCAUGCUCUCUUACGGUCGUCCAAACGCUCCUUCCGGCCCAGCUCUGAAACCUCCUCUGGGUCCCCGAGACGAUCGCAGCUACCAGCGUGACACAAAACGGGCACGCUACGAAGGUAAAUACGACCGGUACAGUGCGAUGUAUCUGGGGCUGCUGAAGGAUGAUAAGGAUCGACCAGUACCCUCUAAGGAAGAUCAAAAGGAGGACAGAGAAUACCAGGGCCCAAGCACCACCAAACGAGACGACUCAACCAAGCCUACCCCCGUAUCCCUGCGGCCAGAAACUCCAUCGCAUCGGGAUGACGCCAAUGCUGCCAAGCGGCGAGAAUCUUUUCACGAUGAUAAGCGCAAGCGUGAUGAUGGUCGUCGUGAUGAUGGCCGUCGUGAUGAUGGCCGUCGUGAUGAUGGCCGUCGUGAUGAUGGUCGUCGCAGCGAGGGUCGCCGUGACGAGGGGCGCAAGGACGAUGGUCGCAGGAACGAGGGCCGCCGUGAUGAGGGACGCAAAGAUGAUGGUCGCAGGAACGAUAAUCGACGCGAUGAUGGCCGCCGCGAUGGGUUUGGCCGGCGUGAUAUGUGGCGGGAAGGGCGUCGUGAUGAUACCCGUAGACGUGAUUUCAAUGAUCGUGACUCGCGCCGUGAUGAUGAUCGCCGCAAAGAAGGUGGUCGUAAACAAGACCAGCCCCGGAAUGAUGGUCGUCGCGGUAACCGCGAUGAGCCCGAGGCGAAAGCACCUAGUCUGACCCAAGACCAGCUGAAUGUCAACAAGGAUUUGGAAGAGAGAAUCAAGGAGAAACGACAGGAACUUACCAAACAGCGAGACGAACGUGGCAAAUCAUCACCGAGCAAUUCUUCGGCACCGCCCGCUCGUGCUCCUCUCCCUCCGCAAAAUGCCGAAUUUAAGGCCAAAGCUGAAAGCCCUUCGACAUUUGGGGCGAAGAAGGACAAUGGCGCCGGACUGGACGACGUUCCGCCACCGCCUCCUCCUCCACCACCGCCUCCCCCUAGUGGCCCCUCGACUCCUCGCAACGACCGUAAAGGUGACAGAAGAGGUGAUCGGAGAGAUGAUAGAAGAGAUGAUCGGAGAGACGACCGGAGAGGAUUCAGACGUGAUCGCGAUCGGAACAACGACAGGUUCUACGGUCGUCAAAACUAUCGACACUACCGCAGUUAA